CCCCUUAUGGAUUUCAAAUCCCUGGGUGAAAUUCGGAUUUGAAACAAACACCCGUCAGAUUGCGAUCAAGAUCCAACCUCUGCCCUUUUUCUUUCCACUCAAGCUUUAACAAAAAUCCCAUAAAAUCCUUCGCUGAAGGAAAAAAAAUUAGGGUUUCAAAAUUUCGAUCCUCUUCGUUCAAAUCAACGAAACCUAAAAAUUCUCCAAUGGAGAGACUACACCGUAUCUUCUCCGGCGCCGGCGGCAUGGGCCACCCGCCGACGGACUCGCCUCUCCUCGACUCAUCGGAGCAAGUCUACAUCUCAUCUCUCGCCCUUCUCAAGAUGCUCAAGCACGGGAGAGCUGGGGUUCCGAUGGAGGUCAUGGGGUUGAUGCUUGGAGAGUUUGUCGACGAGUACACGGUGAGAGUCGUGGAUGUGUUUGCGAUGCCGCAGAGCGGAACUGGGGUUAGCGCUGAGGCUGUUGAUCAUGUGUUUCAGACUAAUAUGCUUGAUAUGCUCAAGCAAACUGGAAGAAGGACGACGACUGAAUCUCCGCUGAAACCAGCGGCGGCGGCGGAGAGUCCUCUGAAAGAGAAAGAGAAGGACCCGGCCUUGGAAUUUAAAGAGCGACAGCGAGCUUUCAACAGUCAAGAAGUUGAGCGUCGAAUUGCUGCAAUUCGAGCAAUCCAAGUGGCAGAGGUUCAAAGUUUGCUCUCUAGAUUGCGCUUGAUUCGUUCGUACAUCAGCAAGGAACAGCUUGAGACACCUGCACUCCAGUUUUUCCAGGAGAACUUGCCCAAUAUCUCUCCAGUAAUAAAUGAAAAAGCUAAAAUAAUAGAAUUGAAAUGGAGAAUUACAGAAAAUGAUGGUGGAAUCAUGCCAGAUUCAGUUGAUGUUUCCAGAACACUGCAACUUGGUGGCUAUAUACCACACUCAGUGAGAUCAGUAAAGAGCAGCUACCUGAACAUUGCAAACCUUCAGAUUCCAAAUUUUGUUUUGGAUGACCCUUUAGAGGAUCAAAUGCAGGGAAUAAGAGAUUCUUUCCAAACUCCUGGGGAGACUAGCAAUAGGCUAUCUUUUGGCAUGACCCCGAAAACUUCAAGGCAACCUAAGAAGGGUGAGAUGCUCAUGUCCAUUCGAGGCUCACCUCUGGGAGUGUACAAAGAAGAAAACCUGGAAGCCAUUCACGAGUCUGGGGAUGCUUCUCAUGGUGGUUCUUCUCAGUAAGCAGAGUUCUCGUUGUUGUAAACUCUUGUGAACUCUACGCUAGAUAUGGGAGAAGUAACUAAACUGACUGUAUUUGUACGUAAUUGUUACAUUCUUACUGGUCAAAGUGGUCAAUAGAAUGACCCCAAAUGUCUGUACAUUAUGUAGAAGUUAUUGAUGAAUUUCGUGACCAAAUUACCUUCAGUACUUUUGGCCUGAAGGAAAACACAACUACCAACUGUACUGGUUGAUUGCUGUAUUUGUGCCAUUUAUCUUUUGGCUUCUUUGUAUCUCAUUUUUCGAUGUUACUCUUCUUAUUUCAA